AAUGACAAUUUCUUCAAGCAUAACAAAAGCAUAACCUUCAACAAAGAGGGUAAACUUUGUUGUGAUACUUUCUGUGAUAAUAUAAGUUAUUUUUGUUUUUAAAUUGUCAUCACAAUGUAUUUAUUUUGUGCGUAUAAUCAUUUGCUUGGAUUUUUUAUGGUGAGUUGUGUUUGUAAGGUGACGUAAGAGUCGGUAGUAUGCCAAAAGCGAUGAAGAAUUUGUAGAAAUCGUGAUUGCCUUUUGAAAGCAGGAUGUCCUUUUUAAGAGGGUCGACCAAUUACGUGUGGUGCACGACGAGCGUCUUGGGGAAAGGAGCGACAGGCGCCGUGUUCCAAGGGGUCAACAAGAGCACAGGAGAGCCCGUGGCCGUGAAGACUUUCAACCAAUUGAGUCACAUGAGACCCCACGACGUUCAGAUCAGGGAGUUCGAAGUGCUGCAGAAGGUAAAGCACGAAAACAUCGUGAAGCUCCUAGCCAUAGACGAGGAACAGGAAGGAAGGGGUAAAGUCAUCGUCAUGGAACUUUGCACUGGCGGUAGUCUCUUCAACAUCCUCGACGACCCUGAAAACACCUACGGCCUACCAGAGGAAGAGUUUCUACUCGUGCUGGACCAUUUGACAGCUGGGAUGAAACAUUUGAGGGACAACAAUUUGGUCCACAGGGAUUUGAAACCUGGCAACAUAAUGAAAUUCAUCUGUGACGACGGAAGCACGAUUUAUAAAUUGACGGAUUUCGGUGCUGCCAGGCAUUUAGAAGAGGAUGAACAGUUUGUCUCUCUUUACGGGACUGAAGAGUACUUGCAUCCCGAUAUGUACGAGCGAGCUGUGUUGAGAAAAGCUGUACGUAAGACUUUCGGUGCUACGGUCGAUCUUUGGUCGAUCGGAGUGACUCUGUAUCAUGUAGCCACCGGCAACCUACCUUUCCGCCCCUACGGAGGUCGUCGAAACAAGGAAACCAUGUACUUUAUAACCACGAAAAAAGAAUCGGGAGUCAUAUCGGGCACUCAGUCUUUAGAAAACGGCCCUAUCAACUGGUGUCGUACUCUUCCCAAGUCUUGCCAAUUGAGUGAAGGGCUGAAAAAGUACAUCACGCCCCUUUUGGCCGGUUUGCUGGAAGUUGACGCGCAAAAGAUUUGGACUUUUGAGAAAUUUUUCUCAGAGGUGACGAAGACUCUGUCGAGAAAGAGGCUUCAUGUUUACCACAUUCACAGAAUGCAAAAUAUAAGGAUAUAUUUUCACCCAGAAGAAAAAUAUUUAGACCUGCAAACGCAAAUCACAAAACAGACAGAUGUUUUACCCCACAAUCAGAUUCUUUUAUUCGACAAUAAACACUUUUUUUCCAUAGUUCAGGACUCUUGUGGAAAAGAUUUUCCAGAAACGACGGAAGAAAAACCUAUAAUUCUAUUUAGCAAUGAAAACAACAAUGUUGUGAUUCCAAACGACAAUGAUAGCCUUAAACUGCCAAUCUUCCCAAAUUCGGUAAAUGUCGAGAACGACGCGAGCACGGCGAAAACCAUCUGCAGCAUAGCUCAUCAUGCAAAAAGGAAAAUAGAUAUACAUUGCCUUUGUAGCAAAUUGAUUCAUGACAGUGUGAAUACUUUUAAUUUUGUAGUCAAGCAGGAACUAGAAGAAGUACUCGACAAAACAACACAUCUUAUGGAAAUAACUUCAAAUGUUGAAAAGAUAAUGGAAGCUGUGAUGAGGGGACAGAAAACAGUCCAUACCAUUUUGGGUGUCAAAACUUCCUCCAAUAGUGUAAAUUUAAAAGAAGAAAUGGAAACUGUGAGUCAGGAAUUAGUUUUAGGGUUGAACGUAGCAGUUAAAUUGCUCUACAAUAGGUAUGUCACACAUGACACGUUGAUUAAAGAAUGGGAGAGAAACACAGUAGGGUGUAAAUGUUGCUGGAAAGCCAAAGCUCCCCAACGAGCCAAUUCUAUAGUCCAGCGUCUACGGGAUUCCUGGCAACACAUGAUCCGAGAUAGAGCUACAAAAUGUCUCACGUACAAUGAUGAACAAUUUCAUGUGCUCGAACGUAUGAAAAUGGACGUUAUGGGCACAGAACUUAUCAAAAACCUAUUGGAGAAGGAAGUUAUAAAUUCCAUAGCUCAGAUUUCCGAUAGCCUUGCCGAUUGGUACAAAAUGGCGCAGACCAUCUACUUGCAGGGGAAAAUAUUAGCCAAAGAUGUGGAGAGUUAUAAACAGCGCCUUGAAAAGUUCCUAUUACACAUGGAACAGACUGACAUAAGCUUUCACGAAGAGAUGAUGAGCGUCAGCUUAAUUAGGCCGGUCUCGAGGCACAACGGAAGGAUUAAAGGGCUGGACACAAGGGCGAUAAGAGCUAAUAUCUGUGAAAUACACACCACACAGAAUGAUAUCGCAACGAUAAUAAAAAGUAGUAAGGAAUUAGUUGACAAAUUUGCAGAGAUUCCAGAAAAGAUUAAAAACAAAUAAUUUGUGAUGACAUCUGUCUGAUUAUCACUCCUUGUUCCAGGCUGGAACUUACAAAGCAGUGUGUCUGUCACAUUUAACAAAAAUAUAUGUACUUGCAGAUAUCCAUCUGAUAACAAUCCAGUGAAUUUUUGGCAUUUUUAUGAGCUGGUUUUCCUAUUUUUAAAUUAAUCUAAUUCAAAGACUUCCAUUUUUUAAAUCUACUUUUAAACAAAUUUGAAAUUAUUAAUAUUUUAAAUGCAACUCACAUGUAAUGGGAUGUAAAUACUUUCUUUUUUAUGUUUGUAGCAUUUAAGAAUUUUAAAUGUAGAUUAAUAUGUAAAUUAUUACCAGUAUUAAAACUGAAGUCAUUUUAUUUUCUUUUAACUGUGAAAUAUUGGGCCGAGGUCUGUAAGGUGAACUUUUGUUUCUUUGAUAAUUACGGUAUGACAAUUCUAGUUGAAUUUGUCUGUCAUAUCCGGUGAGCUAGCCAGAGUCUAGUAGUAAAUUGUUAAUAGCUUGCUAGUAAUAGCUUUUUCAUAUUUUAUAAAAAUGUAAAUAAGUGUAAAAAGUAAAUAAAAGUGAGUUAUUUUCUUAAGAAAAAUUUCAAUUUUCCUUUAAAGGCAUUACUAUAUGUGUUUCAAUAAAAUUUUAUAAUACAUUUUCAAGAAUAUAUCUAUUGUUGUACACUU